GAGAGAGAGAGAGAGAGAGGAGUGGCGGAGCGGUGGAGCUGAACAGUAGAUAGUCUCGCGCGCUGAGAACUUUACAAAAGUUAGAUAACUCUUGAAAUAAAAAUAAAAAAAUUAGAAAAAGCUGUAAAACCCGGAGUGUGGAAGGCGUGCAGCUGAUAAACUGGCAAAACUUUUCGAUCGGAGAUUUUGUUUGACGCUUCAAACUUUUUGAAUCAAUUUAAAAAGUUUUUGUCUUUCGGGAACGUGUGAUAUUUCUCUCAUGGGAUGAGUCGCCUGUCCGUUCAGCUGAUUUCUGCUGUAUUGUUACGAGCACGCAGGAGUGAAGUGAGUGCACAGGGGCAAAUGCUUUGCGCUGCUUUACCGAUGACCAGCCCGGUGUAUGUAACUCACGAGCGCUGAACAGGACCGGCCCGUCGUUUUGUUUUGGCUUGUUUUAUUAUUAUUGUUAUUGGUUAAGUGGAAGGGAUGGCUGGCGUGGUGCGCACCCUGAGCCGGUGUCUGCUCCCCGCUGAGCCCGGCCACGAGAGGAAUAACGGGAAAGACGGAGCGCGCGAGAGGGACGCAACCCAAGCGCGCGAGGCCAAACGGCGGAGUCGCGAGAUCGAUGCCAUGCUGGCGCGCGAGAGACGCUCCGUGCGCCGCUUGGUCAAAAUCCUGCUACUGGGUGCAGGAGAAAGUGGCAAGUCCACGUUUCUCAAACAGAUGAGGAUUAUUCACGGACAAGAGUUUGACCAGAAAGCGCUGCUGGAUUUUAGAGACACCAUCUUUGAGAAUAUUAUUAAGGGCAUGAGGGUGUUGGUGGAUGCGCGGGACAAGCUCGAGGUGCACUGGCAGAACUUGGAAAAUGAGAAACAUGGAAUGUUUGUUAUGUCGUUCGAGAACAAAGCAGGAAUGCCGGUGGAGCCCUGUACGUUCCAGCUGUACGUCCCUGCCCUCCAGGCGCUCUGGGGUGACUCGGGCAUACAGGAGGCCUACGGGCGCAGGAGCGAAUUCCAGCUGAGUGAAUCAGUGAAGUAUUUCCUGGACAACUUGGAUCGGAUCGGACAGCUGAAUUAUGUCCCAAGUCUUCAGGACAUCCUUUUUGCACGUAAGGCCACUAAAGGCAUAGUGGAGCAUGACUUCAUCAUCAAAAAGAUCCCCUUCAAGAUGGUGGACGUCGGCGGUCAGCGCUCCCAGAGGCAGAAGUGGUUCCAGUGCUUCGACGGCAUCACCUCCAUCCUCUUCAUGGUCUCGUCCAGCGAGUACGACCAAGUGCUGAUGGAGGACCGGCACACAAACCGCCUGGUGGAGUCCAUGAACAUUUUCGAGACCAUCGUCAACAACAAGCUCUUCUCCAACGUCUCAAUAAUCCUGUUCCUCAACAAGACGGACCUGCUGGUGGAAAAGGUGGCCAAGGUGAGCAUCAGCAAACACUUCUCCGACUUCCGCGGAGACCCUCGGCAGCUGGAGGACGUCCAGAACUACCUAGUGCAGUGCUUCAAGCGCAAACGCCGCAACCGGAGCAAACCGCUCUUCCACCAUUUCACCACGGCCAUCGACACCGAGAACAUCCGCUUCGUCUUCCACGCCGUCAAAGACACCAUCCUGCAGGAGAACCUGAAAGACAUCAUGCUGCAGUGACUGAUAAAGCAGACUGCACGUGGUCAUUCUUCCCCACUGUGAGAGGAGAACGCCUCCUGCACAACAUGUCCACACUUUCAGAUGGACACCUAGAUGCAGUUGUGUUUUUUCUGUGAGUCAGAUGAUUGGAAAAUACGCUGUUUAUGUUUAUGUGCUUUUGGCCCACUAUGUACCACUAAGUAAUGAGGCAUCUGCGAGAUGUGGUUUUUCGAAAUUGUAUAUGAGCAGAAAAAAUAACACUGAGCUUUUUUUUGGCCAUGUGUGUGUGUGUGUAUGUAGAUGUGAAUGUUUUGUGUAUGAGGAGAAAGAGGCAGACAGUCAGGAAGGAAGGUCUCACAGCAUCCACUCACCGAAUCCUCCUAGAGUCGACUCUCUGUAUACAGAGACAAAGCAUUGGAGUUAGUCAUCAUAAAGCCAAAUGAAUUAUCGACUUCCUGUCUGCUCCUGACUCCUAACCACAGCUGAGUGAAGUGUCUUCCCCUGGAAUAGAUAAAGCCUCAUUAAUAAAAGACGGCCUGGGAUUCGGUCAAGCCGCCUGACAGCGCUCUUUGUCCUUGUUUCAAAAUGGCUGUCAAGGAAAAAAAGUGUUUUGUAAAAAAAAAACAAAAAAAAAACUCUUUACGGAUAUAUUUUGCGAUUUCUUCAAGGAUAAAACUCCAAGCACUUCUGUUACGAACUAUUCUUUAAGAAGCGUGUACAAAAAAACCAAAAAAGGCCUGACCGAUAAAGAAAAACGACCUUCUGCACUAACAUUGGAGAACAUUUGAGCCCUUGAUGAUUUUUUUCCACAUCGCUGCAGUUUCGGCUCCAAAUCUAACGCGAUCUUUGAGACGUAUUACAUUUGGUUGAAGCUGGAGAUUUGUACAAAUGCAUAAAUGGAUAAUUUGUAGAUAAAUUCUGCUUUUUAGACACUUUAACAAUUCCUACCACUUAUAAAACAUUCAAGUACUUUUGAUAGUUGGUGUCAGAUCACUGGUUAAUAUAUGUGUUUGUUGAUUUUAUUUUAUUUUUUCCGAUUCUCAAAAAUCACUAACUUCAGAUGAUUAAGGCACUGGUGAGAGUGUCUUUAAAAAUUUCUGCACUACGUUUGCGUACUUUAUAUUUCGGGAUGUUUUCUGUUUUUUGGUUUUGAUGGUUCGUGCUGUGUUAUUGCGUUUCAUUUGACUAAUCGGGGGGGGGGGACCGGUCCAAGCAGGAUUCGAGGGAAACAGCGUCUGAUCUCGGAGGAGGUGAAGAGUUUCUCCCACAGCUCCUGACGGAAAACAACACUGAUCUCAUUUGAGCAGCAGAGUUUCAGAGCUCCCCCACCGCCAGAAUGCUAUGAACUCUCAGGGGGAUUUGCUAACGUUGAGAAAUCAGUAAUGCGGCGGGAUUGACUUUUUCCAUGCCUGCUUUAUUUUCCAUCUUCAGGCAGCCUGUGCUGAGUCAUGCACUCUGCAGAAACAAAUCCACUCCAAAUAAGUCUUUAACACCAAGGUGUUGCUUUGCUGCACAGCUAGUUAGUUAGUUCUGCAGUGGUUGUUGCAUUAGAAGCACGUAGGCAUGAGUAUUUCUUCCCUCGUCGUACUGGAUGCGAGUUAUUUUGGUUCCUGAGCGAAGCUUUCUCAUCAGUUUGUCCGAGACGAGUUCAAUCUCGACAAACAUUACAUCCUCCUUCUUGUUCAGAAAUCAGCAGUAGUCCAUCUGCCCCUGAUAAAAUGUUCUCUGACCAGCCAGGAGGGGUCCUGAUGCUUCAUGCUGGCGAAUGCGUGCGAAAUAUUUUUUUUCCUGACUGUUGAAAUGCCUUCCAUAUCUUCCCAAAGUAAACAGCUCACACAUCAAAGCUCUGUUUUAUUCCUUUUAAUACCUCAGCAUCUAGCGAACUGUGCUAAUGUCUAAUUUAAUAACCUUUCCAUAUAACACGAACGACACAAAUUCUUCAAACUUCCCGUUGUUCCACAGAGAGAACGACGUAAUUAAAAACAACGCUUAAACUCACAAAAAUAAUAACAAAUACAAAAC